CAGAUACAUUGACUAGUCUUGUGAGGGUUUUAUUGUGAAAAUGGUCACCGGAAGUUUUGCUAUUGAUUGAGUAUCGCGAAACACUGGUGCAAAUAAGGAAGCUGUAAAACUUGACAGGUUACUGCUAAGCCACAUGUGAAUAUGAGCGUCCCAGACUACAUGCAAUGUGCCGAGGACCACCAGACAGUACUAGUGGUGGUCCAGCCGGUUGGCAUCGUACCCGAGGACCAGUUCUUCAAGAUCUACAAACGCAUCGCCAGCGUGAGCCAGGUGAGCAUCAGGGACUCGCAGCGCCUCCUCUACAUCCGCUACCGCCACCACUAUCUGCCUGAAAACAACGAGUGGGGGGACUUCCAGACGCACCGCAAGGUGGUGGGCCUCAUCGCCAUCACCACCUGCGGCUCGGCCAAGGAGUGGCCCCAGACCGCCGAGCGCUUCCACGGCCAGAAGGAGGUGUACAGCUCCACUCUGUACGAUUCACGGUUGCUGGUGUUUGGGCUGCAGGGAGACGUUGCAGAGCAGCAGCGGACAGACAUGGCCUUCUACCCCAGCUUUGAAGACUGCUCUGAUGUGGAGAAGAGAGUGGAGGACUUUGUAGAGUCGAUAUUUAUUGUUCUGGAGUCCAAGCGGCUUGACCGGGCCACAGACAAGUCAGGUGACAAGAUACCACUGCUCUGUGUGCCCUUUGAGAAGAAGGACUUUGUGGGUUUGGACACGGAUAGCAGGCAUUAUAAGAAGCGUUGCCAGGGACGUAUGAGAAAGCAUGUUGGGGACUUGUGUCUCCAGGCAGGCAUGCUGCAGGACGCCCUGGUCCACUACCACAUGUCUGUGGAGCUGCUCAGGGGGGUUAAUGACUUCCUCUGGCUGGGUGCUGCAUUGGAGGGUUUGUGUUCAGCCUCUGUCAUAUUCCACUACCCUGGAGGCACAGCAGGGAAGACUGUAGGACGCAAGCCAAGUAUCUCCCAGCCAGCAGAUGCAGGGAAACGCCACAGACCAGGGGCUCAGGAGGUUCUCAUUAACCCAGGUGCCCUCACAGCCAACGGCAUUAGUGCAGACACCAGCACUGAGAUAGGACGAGCGAAGAACUGCCUGAGUCCUGAGGACAUUAUCGAGAAAUACAAAGAGGCCAUCUCCUACUAUGGAAAGUAUAAGAACGCAGGAGUGAUCGAGCUGGAGGCCUGUGUGAAAGCGGUCAGGGUGCUGGCCAUUCAGAAGAGGGCCAGGGAGGCCUCUGAGUUCCUGCAGAACGCGGUUUACAUCAACCUGGGACAGCUUUCGGAAGAGGAGAAGAUCCAGCGCUACAGCAUCCUGUCCGAGCUCUACGAACUGAUCGGCUUCCAUCGCAAGUCCGCAUUUUUCAAGCGCGUUGCAGCCAUGCAGUGUGUGGCUCCCACCAUCCCAGAGCCGGGCUGGAGGGCCUGCUACAAGCUGCUGCUAGAGACAUUGCCUGGAUACAGCCUGUCACUUGAUCCCAAGGACUUCAGCAAAGGCACCCACCGAGGCUGGGCUGCUGUUCAGAUGCGCCUCCUGCAUGAACUCGUGUACGCCUCCCGUCGCAUGGGCAACCCCGGCCUGUCUGUACGCCACCUGUCCUUCCUGCUGCAGACCAUGCUGGACUUCCUGUCUGAUCAAGAGAAGAAAGAGGUGACCCAGAGUCUGGAGAACUACACCUCCAAGUGUCCAGGUGGAAUGGAGGUCAUCACCCUUCCUGAUGGCCUGAAGCUCCCUCCGGUGCCCUUUACAAAGCUCCCCAUUGUCCGGUCUGUGAAGCUCCUCAAUCUGCCUGUCAGUCUGCGUCCUCACAAAGUGAAAGGCCUGCUGGGACAGAAUAUGUCCACUGCCAGCCCCUUCAUCUACUCACCAAUCAUCAUGCACAACAGAGGAGAGGAGCGUUGUAAGAAGAUAGACUUCCAGUGGGUUCAAGGAGAUGUUUGUGAAGUGCAGCUCAUGGUCUACAACCCCAUGCCUUACGAACUUCGUGUGGAGAACAUGGGUUUGCUGACCUCUGGAGUGGAGUUUGAAUCCCUGCCUGCUGCGCUGUCCCUGCCGGCAGAGUCGGGCCUGUACCCCGUCACUCUGGUUGGCGUCCCACGUACAGCUGGCAACAUCACUGUCAAUGGUUACCACACGUCAGUGUUUGGUGUGACCAGCGAUUGCCUGUUGGAGGGCCUGCCUGGUCUGAAGACUAGUGGCUGUUUGGUGGAGGUCAUUCCCUCUCUUCCUCGUCUCCAGCUCAGCACAUCACUACCACGGUCAGCCCACACGCCUCAGCCAAUGUCCAAAGAGGAACUGUCCAGCACUGUGUCCGUCCAGCUUUUCAACGGAGAGACCCAGCAGCUGACCAUCACCUUGGAGAACAUUGGAUCUGAGGACAUUGAGAGUCUGGAGCUCACCUCUAAGAUUGUCAGCACCAAAGAGAAAGUGUUUGGGGAGUUUCUGAGCUGGGAGCUAGAGGAGGCUUUGUCUCAACUGCCUCUAAAGCCUGGCCAGGCUGUGACACUGACUGUCCGCAUCAAAGUCAGGCUGGACUUCUCUGGUCAGGAGAACCUGCUGCAGGACCUCAAUGAUGAUGGGAUCAGUGUGACAGGCCUGCCAAUCUCCAGUCCACUGCGCCAAGUCCUCAAACCAAGGUCCGAGACCAAGCCUGUCAGCAGUGAGUCCGGCAAGGCAGAGUACAGCCAUAUUAAGACUUUGGAAGCGGUGCUGAACUUCAAGUACUCAGGGGGAGCAGGCAAAGUCGAGGGCUACUACAGGGAGCUGUCUUUGGGAGUCCAUGUUGACGUGGAGCCGUCUGUGUUUUUCAUCAGAGUCAGCACCCUCCCUGCAACCAGCACCCGCCAGUGUCAUCUGCUGCUCGACAUCUUCAACCCAACAGAGCAUGAGCUCACCGUCAGCGCCAAGAACAACCAGGACCUGGUUCUCCAUGCCAGCGAGUGCCAGAGGAUGGCCAUCCAGGUUGACAAGUUUGACUUUGAGAGUCUCCCACAGCUGGACCAGGAGACAGCUCGCUUCACUAACCCCAAACAGCUGGAGGAGGAGCGACAGCAUGCUCAGGGCUGCCAGAUCAACAGCAAGCUGGGCAUCUGUUGGAGCAUCCCUUCCCUGCGGCGCUGUGGAGAGGCCAGUGUGGAGGGAGUCCUCAACCAGCUGGUCCUGGAGCACCUGCAGCUUGCUCCUUUGCAGUGGGAUGUGUUGGUGAAUGGGAAGCCAUGUGACUGUGAUGUCAUAGCUGACUGUAAAGUGGGUGACCCUGUGACCCUGGAGGUUCAACUGACCAAUCUGAGCAAGAACUCAGUGGGCCCCCUGGCUCUGACUGUGGUGCCCUAUCAGGACUUCCAGAACGGAGUCCAGAACUACGAUUUGGAGGACGCGGUCACCUUCAUCGGCUCCAACACCUUCUACAUUGACACGGUUAAACCCAAAGAAAGCUCCGUCUGUGUGGGUGCCCUGCUCUUCCUGUACACUGGAGAUUUCUACCUCAAUAUCAAGUUCCAGGAUGACAGUGCUGGACGAGAGCUUCCUUUAGCCUGGUUCACUCUGCCCAGCGUCCACAUCCAAACCCUGGACACUCCGCUACAGGCCGGGGCCUAAGGGUGGGCCUGGUAACGUCAUCAUUUUUGCUCUGAAUAAAGGAUGGAGAGUUUUAUUGUUGAAGUUCUCUGUAAAUACAAUAGUCUUAUGAAUUAAAUCACAUGUAAAUAUCAUUUUGUUAAAGGUUGCAGCAUGUGUACAGUAGCGUGCAAGGGGAUUUGAAAUCUUCUCUUCAAAACACUCCAGUUCUUUGUUACGGUCCAGCAGUGUGCUGCUGUCUUUGGACAGAACGCGAAGGGGAUUUUAAACAUGGCGCCGUUACAUAUAAAGUCAAUGGUAACUAAGCUAUCUGGCUAGCUAACUGGAAGUUAGCUAACUGCUAGCUAACAAGCUAACUCGGCAAGCUGUUUUGGCUGGCUAGUCAAAUGUCGCAGCAACUGGUAGCCACGGCAUGAAAUGCAAGCCGUCGCUAUGUUAGUUUCCAACACCAACUAUUUUGCGAGGAUAUGCGAAUGUCCACUUCUGGUGUGACAGAGCGCUAAUAUCAUCGCCACACUUUCUUGUCUUUAGAGGUUUGAAUCACAGUGCCAUUUAUUCAGUGGAUUCUUUUGUUACCUUGUAUUUCGAAUAACAUGUCAUAAUAAAAUACUGAAAAUAAAAUUAGAAGAAUUAGAAUUACUGGGCAGAAGACCUUCAAGCCCUUAUUGAAGAAGAGGAGCUGCAUACCAACACUGGAAAUGUGAUUAGCCAGAAUCUGUAGGCAGUUAUGUACACAUACAAUGUAUUUAUUUCUACAGCUGUAUGGACAGGUUCUCUUGGCUCUGUGCCACCACACUGAAUUACUGAUGAAUUUAACGGUCUUAGACUCACCUCUCAUUAUGUGUGACAUAUAAUUGUUGUAAAUAAAUGUUAAAAGAAGGCAA